AUGGCUGUGCAGGCUUUACAGGCAAAGCUUCCUGUCUCCAUUCCUCCCACCGCUCCCGCUCCACCCGGAUCCCCAAAGCUGCGCAGCUUCGGAUCGGAGAGAUCCUUCGUCACCGCCGUGGUCACCUCGGCCGUGCUCCGCGCGUGCCGGGCAGCGCGUCCGCGGGCACGGCGCAGCGCGUUGCACGCGUGGAGGCGAGACGUGCUGGGAACCGCGUUGGUGGUGCUGCCGCAGAGCUGUUUGGCGGCUCCGAACACGGUGCGCACCGCGCCCGACGUGGCACGGAGUUUGUGGGGCAAAGGCCUUCGAAGCGAUGAGGACUUGGCACGGUGGGAGGCAGCCGUGGCAUCUGACUGUGUCUACGAAGAUCUCUACUACGCCGAGCCGGCAAAAGGAAAGCAGGCUGUUGUCGAAUUGAUUCGACAGAAGCUGUUGCCGCCCAAGUCGCAUCUAGUCAUUGACAGCCUUUCUGAUGGGAGCUCAUCAUGUGGAUUUACAUGGCACAUCGAAGAAGAUGGAGUGGGCAUAGGACACCGUGGCUUGUGCUUUGUGAGGCUCAAUUCAGCUGGCGAAGUGGCAUAUGUCCGCGAUUUGGGUGAGCCUUUGUUUAAGGCAGGAGAGCUUACUGAAAAGCUGCUAGAAGCAUUGACCAAGGAUCAGCCUUUGCCUGAACGUCCUGUUUUGUCCGGCCCACCCCAAACGCCACGUAUGGCGGGAAGCAUCGUAAAAUAUCUCUACGGUGACGUGCAGAAGUCUGGUGGCGAUGCGGUUCGCUUCUACGCAGAAGAUGUGGUCUAUGAAGACAUGAACUACGAAGUUCCAUUUGUUGGAAAGAAAGCCGUGGACGGUUUCCUGGCACGCUUCCAGAAUAUACAAGGUGUGACCUUCAAUUUGGAGGAAGUCUCUGAUGGUGAGGAAGCCGUUGGCUUCACAUACACCAUUCAGAUUGCUGGACAACCGCGAGGGAUCCGUGGCAUUACCUUCUACAAGGUCAAGGAUGGCAAGGUCUGCUAUGUCCGGGACGUCCCGGAGAGUGCGACAAAGCCGCCCCCUGUGCAACAGCUGGCGCGGCUGCUACGAAUAGUGCGCUUCCUAAAGCAGCUCUACUUGCUGGCCUACGGCUUCAUUGAAGGAACCAUGGCAGUUUUGUGGGUCACGAUUCUGGCUUCCUUCAUGUUGUAUAUUUGUGCUGUGAUCCUGGUGCGAGCCUAUGGUAAGAACGGGAACAACGAUGACCCCUACCAUGACUUUUUCGAGGAGCAUUUUGGCUCAAUUCCAAUCACCAUGUUUGCGCUCUUUGAGCUGAUCACAGCGCCAGACCUAGCACCAUACAAAGCAGCCAUGUUUGCGAAUCCCCCACUGGUCGUUUUCCUGGUGAUUUUCAUCGUCCUGGGCAGUUUCGGAAUCAAUGGGCUCCUCGUAGCACUGAUCAAUGAAAGUAUUUUAGAGAAGAACCAGGCUCGCAUCGAGGCGGAUCGCAUCGACCGUGAAUUCAAGAGGAAGGAUUUGCAACAACGGUGCGGAGAACUUUUUGAUGAACUCGAUGUGCAUCACAAUCGUGUCCUACCUCGGGAUGAGAUUCGGCAAGUGACGGAGCAAGUGGCCCUCCUUCUGGAAAGCUUUGGGGUGAACUUUCAACGUGCCGACUUGGAUCAGAUGUUCUACGUCAUGGACUACAGUGACACAGGAAUCAUUGAGAGGUCCGAGUUUAUCUAG